UGCGCGCUCGAGUAUGGACGUGUGCAGUUGUACGCAAAGGUCGCGGCGUAAGUCGCUGCCCGAUAUUUCGCAAUGAGUUCGCAACAACUUAUCGCAAACGAGCUGUUGGCGUUUAUACAAAAUGCCAUCGACACCAUGGACGAGAUCAGCAUCAUGCAGAUUUGCAAGUCGAACUUCAAAGAAGACGAGAUCAGCAAAGGCAAGAUGCUACUCUUCCAAACGACCGGGAAGCUGGACCAAAUGCCAUCGAGGAGGAGAGAUGGCACGGAUAAGAGCGUCCAAGACAUCAUCACCUUUAUGAAGGCGACCGACCCUGACGACGUGCCGACUUUUGUAGCGAAGGAGCUACAUAAGUUGCCGCCCGUCACUUUCGACCACGUAGAUGUCACCAGGCUGCUGAAAGAUAUUACAUCGUUGAAGUCUAGCCUGGCCCAGAUGCAGUGCAAGUUGGAGACGUCUGAUGCCACCAUCCAGGAACUGCGUGCCGAGAUAGUGUUGUUACGCAAUGCUGUUUCGGAAAGUAGGUCUCAAGACGAAGCCAACGUGAACACACGUCGCGGGGCGCAAAACGUUUCAGUCAGCAGUUUUGCAUCGGCGAAACUGAACUCAUCGCCCAUUGCAAAUAAUGAGGUCGAUGCACCGUGCCCCGCCGCUCCUCGUGUCUCUCCACGUGCAGAGAACACGUCACGCGAAGCUACGUCGACCCCCAAAGUAGCUUACGCCGCAAUUGCUGCCGCAAACAAAACAGCUGCUACGCUACCUAAGCAGCCAAAAAGGGGUAAGCAGAACCGGCGCUGUGAAUCCGUAUCAAGGAUUCCGGUACAGCGCUGUCCAGGAAAGCCUGAGUGUGAUGAGGAUGGCUUCAUCAAAGUUCAAAAGAAGAAGAAGAAGAAGCCUACUUCUCGCAAUCAGUGCGGUACUGGACUGACCGGACCUAACAUGCUGCUGCGUCCAGCUGUGCCUACGACGCUGCUGUAUGUGUCCCGAUUACACCACACCACGAAGGUUGAGGACAUCGUGGAGUAUGUGAAGGUGAAGACCAACUGGACCUUGAGGGUCGUAAAGUUGGAACCGCGUCAAAAUACCAACUUCAAGUCGUUUGUGGUGCGAGUUCCAACUCAACAUCUCGAGAAGUUCCUCAAGGCAGAAUUUUGGCCGAAGGGUGUCAUAUACCGGCGUUUUCGAGGCAGGCUACGUGACACCGAGCAGCGUAAUACGACGCCACGCAUCGUCACAUCGUGUGACCUCAAUAAUUAAUAUGUAUAAGAAUUAUG